AUGCUUGUCUGCCAUCAGUGGAAAGAGAUCGCCUUUGAAAUCCAGGAGCUCUGGAAUAGCAUUGAAACAUACUGGGACGAUAAAGAUCAUAUCUUGCUGGAGAGGUCAGGCCAAGGCCCGCUCAAGGUGCUGGCUUUCGACAAAUUGGAACCCUCUUCUGCUAUUGCACAGGCUCUCCAAAAGGUGGAGCAUUCAUCCCGAAUCCAAGAGCUGUACUGGACAUUUCCCUCAGCACGUGAAAACCUUCGAAUGCCAGCGCCCUCGCUGAGGUCUCUUGCAUUGCACGGUGACCGGACGCCAGAUGUAUCACUCGAACUCUUCGACAACCACACCCCGUGUCUGGAACACCUGUCACUAUCAAAUGUGAAUUGGCUGCCCAGCAAUGCGUUCGCCAAACUGACAUUCUUGGCUCUCGCCAAUUGCAUGGUACCUAAAGCUCCCAUCAAAUUACGCAGCUUGCUUGCUGGAACGCCGAAUCUAGUCGAUCUCAUCCUGCAAAAUGUGGUUGGCGAGCAGUACGGCGGAGCAGAAACUGAGCGUGCGGACAUGAAGCCUGUGUCACUCGCUCGGUUGCGCCGGUUGCUGAUCCACUAUAUGUGGGCCGAUGACAUCGAUUAUAUCUUCCAGGAUUCUCAGCUAAACGAAGACGUGUCCGUCUCAAUCAAAUGCAGGAAAAGACUCGAUGAUGAUCAGCGACUUUUAGAGUUGGUGUCCACUUGGUCGUUGAGUGCCUUAAAGCAACCCAAGGAACUACAUCUCCAGCAGGAUGUCGUCGUCGUUGCUGGAGCCUCUUCUGGUCUCCGUUUUGAGGACUGGAGCUGCACGACCCUCCAAGGUUGUACCGUAUUCAACUGGCCACAGGUCCUUUCCCUUUCCAGCAUCUCUUACCUGUGCAUAUUUGACCGAGAUGCACGCAGGCCGCCCGGUCUUGAACGUGUCCGCAACCUUCUUAGGCAGAUGACUGCACUCGAGACACUGUCCGUCAACGUUGAGGUCCUGACGAAGAUCGUCGAUGCACUCACACUCUUCCGAGACCCAAUCGACCCACCUCUCUGUCCCACACUGACCACGCUACGUAUCGCCAUCUGGAAAGAUAGCGAUUGUGACAUCAUCCUGGACUCUAUCCUCCUGCACGGUGCACAGCUUGGCAUCAAUUUAUAUCGGGUUGAUCGAUCCUCAGCCUCGUGAACACUGGCGACCUCGUCAAGCUGUGAAGGACCAACUGCAUGGCAACUUCGAGUCGGUGAAUUUCGAGAUGCUGUUGUAUGAUAAGGCAUACAACAUUGCUUUGCCGCUGGUUUGUAGUGAGGAGGCGCAUGCUUUGUGGCCGCCCUGGCUUUAGGUGUUGUGUGGACGAGAGAUUGACGUGGAUUGCAGUGAGACUGAAUGUAUGCUCAUGUCUGGGUUCUCAUCUCGGUUGCUCAUCGCUCAUCACCAGUUAUUCUGACGCUCACAGAGCGGGGAUGUAUUAGAGGAGAAAAAAUGUAAAUUGUGCUACAGCAGAUGUCCACUUUUAUAACAUGCAUU